GAAGUGUCUGGUGAGCGAAUUUGACAUUGAGGUGGAGUGCUGAGCCGGCUGUGCGAGGGGAGGCCUGGCUGUGACAGUGACGCAGUGUCAGUGUUGGUAUCUCCAUGCUAGGGGUUGUGCUGUACAACCAUGGCCGCUGCAGCAGUCCUUGACCCAGAUAUCAUCAGGGAGGUUCUGGAAUGCUCAAUCUGCAUGGAGACUUUCAAUCGGGACCAGUUAAGGCCCAAGCUCCUGCAGUGUGGGCAUACUGUGUGCAGGCAGUGCCUGGAGAAGCUGCUUGCAAGCACCAUCAACUUAGUGCGCUGCCCCUUUUGUAGCAAAGUGUCCAGGAUGAGUAACAUUUCCCAGCUUGCAGACAAUUUGACUGUUCUUAAAAUCAUUGAGUCUGCAAGCUCCAGUGCAACGAUGUGUUUGAUGUGCAGAGUGUGUAGGAACAGAUUACCAAAGCAGUACUGCCAGGUGUGCAGAUUGGUGCUGUGUGAUACCUGCAAAGCUGAGGGACAUGAGCAGCAAGGCCACCCUGUGCUUGCUAUACACGCUGCGGCCGAGCAGCGCAGGAGAGACGUGGGAGAGAAACUGUCUGCUUUGCGGCAGAUGAUGCAGGAUAUACAGAAGAAGAAGUCUACUCUGGAUGGAGUCUGCAGAAACCUACAGUUAAAGUACAAAUCCGUGCAGCAGGACUAUGCUAAAGCUGAGCUUGGAUUACAGGAUGAACUGACAAAGUCUCGCCAGGCUUUCUCCAGCUCCUUGUCAGAAAUCGAAAAACUGAACAACCAGGCUCUCGAGGAACAGACCUAUCUUUUAAACCUGGCAGAAGUCCAGCUGGUUUCGAGAUGUGACUAUCUUACCAUGAAAAUAAAGCAGGCAGAUAUUGCUCUGCUGGAAGAGGCUGUUGACGAGGAGGAGCUGGAUUUGAAGUGCAACCUUCCUGUGCUUCUGAAGCUGCAGGAGCCUGAACUAGUCCAAGCUGAACACCUGGAGCCUUUGGGUGUGGGGCAGGUCAGAACAAACCAGGUCACCGUGAACACGGAAGAGGAUUACCAGGAACAGGCACAAUCUUCAUUCAGUUUGUAUCGAGAUGUUGACAUAGACUUGGCUGAAAAAACUUUGACAGCGUCGCCCAGCUUCAAACCAAAGGCUACGGAGCUGGGAGCUUCUGGAUCACAGCAGUGCCAAUUCAUUAAGAAAAUGGGCUGCAAAGGCAAUCUGCAUGGCAUGUUUAAUCUUCCUGUUAGCUUGUGUGUUACAAUGCAAGGGGAGGUGCUCGUGGCCGAUCGUGGAAACUACAGAAUUCAGAUUUUCAAUCGGAAGGGCUUCCAAAAAGAAAUCCGACGAAGUCCGAGCACCAUUGACAAUUUUGUUCUCAGUUUUCUUGGGGUAGAUCUUCCGAAUUUGAUUCCACUGUCUAUAGCCGUUAACAAUCAGGGCUUGAUAGGCGUCACAGAUAACUAUGACAAUUCAGUGAAGGUGUACACACCUGAUGGUCACUGUGUAGCAUGCCACAAGAACCAGCUGAUUAAACCGUGGGGCAUUGCAGCAAUGCCUUCAGGACAGUUUGUGGUCACGGAUGUGGAAGGGGGCAAACUGUGGUGUCUCGCGGUGGAUCGCAGUGUGGGGGUUGUGAACUAUAGCAGGCUGUGUUCAGCUGUCCGCCCCAAGUUUGUUACCUGCGACAGCAGUGGGACUGUGUAUUUUACUCAGGGUCUGGGAUUAAACAUAGAGAACAGGCACAACGAGCAUCAACUGGAGGGGGGCUUUUCCAUUGGGUCUGUGGGUACCAACGGACAACUGGGCAAACAACUGAGCCAUUUCUUUUCAGAAAAUGAGGACUUCCGCUGCAUCGCUGGAAUGUGUGUGGAUUCCAGAGGAGAUCUACUGGUCGCAGACAGCGGUCGGAAGGAGAUUUUGCACUUUCCCAAAGAAGGGAGUUUCAACGUCUUGAUCCAUGAAGGGCUAACCUGUCCUGUUGGUCUGGCCAUAACUCCUAAAGGCCAGCUGUUGGUGUUGGAUUGCUGGGACCACUGUGUAAAAGUGUAUACUUAUCACCCAAGAAGACAGUCCUGCACAGACUAGGGCUAGAACCCCAGAAUGUCGUUUUGCAAUAGAUUUAACAUCUGUUUUCUGUUUCCAUUCCUAUAGGAAACUACAUGCUUCAGAUUCAGGAACCUCUGCUACUCUAUUUUAGUACAGAAAGCUAAAUAUUGGUGUUAAAAGUGUAUGUCCAAAAAAAAAAAAAAAAAGAAGUGGCCUUUUAUGUUCAUAUUUCAGGCUGAUUAUAUAUAUUUUUAAGAUGGGUUUUUGGUGCUUGUUUUGAAAUAAAGAAUCAGAGCUUCAUAAUUCAAAUAUAGCAAACAGGGUGGUGUGUUGUUCAUGAAGUGCUUGAGGGUCCCUGAAAGUUAAAGCCGAAGCUGCAAGCACUGCAUUAAAGGAUGCACACCAUGUGUCCCCUGCCAGGCUGUGUAUUUCCUGGUUAACUUCAGAAAUGUCCGUGGGUUAGUACCGUUACGCUAUUAUUAUAAUAAUAAAAUGACAGUCUACACCAGCAUGCAGUAUUCUACUGAAGCAACACUGCUGACAUACUGAACAGUACAUUACAAGAUCAAUGGCAGUUGAUUUAUGGCAUCUUUUAUCUUUCAUUUAACAAAACACACCCACCCACCGGGGUAGGCAGCUGGUGACCAUUUAAAAUGAACUAGUCAUGUAAUUACUGCAGUAACGUUCCCUAUGCAUUUAUACAUGUAGUUUUCAUAUCACCAAAUGGGGCAUUGAAGUAUGUGCAUUCUCAACCGUUUGUCUUUUGUGUUAAAGAGCAUCUUUAAACCCUGACUUUACUUGGGUGAAUUGUUUGAUACCUUUUGAGUGCAAUAAAUCUGAUGCUACA